AUAUAUAUAGCUCCAUCGCCGAUUACGCGAAACGUUAGCUGUUGCAUCUGCUAGGAAGGAUCCGGAUCGAGGGAAAUGGGUCGUCGGAUCAGGGAUCGGGUCGCCGCCGCUGCUUUCUGGUUCCUUCUUGUGGCAUCAUCGGCGCAAGCUUUCUAUCUGCCGGGCGUCGCGCCUCGCGAUUUUACAAGAGGAGAUGAACUCCAAGUCAAAGUGAACAAGCUGUCAUCCACUAAGACACAACUUCCCUAUGACUACUAUUACUUGAAGUAUUGCACCCCAAAGAAGAUAAAAAAUGUGGCUGAAAACUUGGGAGAAGUGCUUCGGGGAGACCGUAUAGAGAAUUCCGUCUAUACUUUUCGCAUGAGGGAGGAGAAAUCCUGCACGGUGGCCUGCAAAGCAAAAAUUGAUGCUCAAGCAGCAAAGGAUUUCAAAGAAAAGAUUGAUGAUGAGUACAGGGUCAAUAUGAUUCUAGAUAACCUUCCAGUAGCUGUUCUCAGACAAAGGCGAGAUGGAAAUCCAUCACCAACUUAUGAGCAUGGUUUUCGUGUUGGGUUCAAGGGAAACUAUGCUGGGAGCAAAGAAGAGAAACAUUUUAUUCAUAACCACUUAAGCUUCAGAGUUAUGUAUCAUGAAGACCGUGAAACUAAUUCUGCUCGGAUUGUUGGGUUUGAAGUUACUCCAAUCAGCAUUAAUCAUGAGUACAAGGAGUGGGAUGAGAAGAAUCCUAAUGUGGCAACGUGCAACCAAAACACGAAAAAUAUCAUUCAGGGGGGUGCUGUUCCACAAGAAGUGGAGGCUGGCAAAGAUAUUGUAUUUACCUAUGAUGUUACCUUCAAGGAAAGUGAAAUUAAGUGGGCGUCACGGUGGGAUACUUACCUGCUUAUGAAUGAUGAUCAAAUUCACUGGUUUUCAAUCAUCAACUCUUUGAUGAUUGUUCUUUUCCUUUCUGGUAUGGUGGCCAUGAUCAUGAUGAGAACCCUGUAUCGAGAUAUUGCAAACUAUAAUCAAUUGGAAACCCAAGAUGAAGCUCAAGAAGAAACAGGAUGGAAACUGCUACAUGGUGAUGUUUUCAGGGCUCCCCCCAAUUACGGGUUGCUGUGUGUUUACCUGGGAACUGGGGUUCAGAUCUUCGCAAUGACUCUUGUGACAAUGAUCUUUGCAUUGCUAGGCUUCCUCUCACCGUCCAACCGUGGGGGCCUUAUGACAGCCAUGGUUCUGUUAUGGGUGUUCAUGGGAUUGUUUGCAGGCUAUUCAUCUUCUCGGUUUUACAAAAUGUUCAAGGGCACAGAAUGGAAGAGGAUUACCUUAAAGACAGCUUUCAUGUUUCCUGGUAUUCUUUUCGCUGUCUUCUUUGUCCUCAAUGCUCUCAUUUGGGGAGAAAAGUCGUCUGGAGCUGUACCCUUUGGAACCAUGUUUGCUCUUGUGUGCUUGUGGUUUGGGAUAUCAGUACCAUUAGUGUUCGUUGGUAGUUAUUUGGGUUUCAAGAAGCCCGCGAUUGAGGAUCCUGUAAAGACCAACAAGAUCCCUAGGCAGAUACCCGAGCAAGCCUGGUACAUGAAACCAGUAUUCUCCAUCCUUAUUGGAGGCAUUCUACCAUUCGGGGCUGUUUUCAUCGAAUUGUUCUUCAUCCUGACCUCCAUCUGGCUGAACCAAUUCUAUUACAUCUUCGGCUUCCUCUUCAUAGUCUUUGUCAUCUUGAUAAUCACAUGUGCCGAGAUCACAAUCGUUCUGUGCUAUUUCCAGCUGUGCAGUGAAGACUAUAAUUGGUGGUGGAGAGCUUAUCUCACCUCUGGAUCAUCAGCUUUAUACCUUUUCCUAUACUCGGUCUUCUACUUCUUCACCAAGUUGGAAAUUACAAAAUUCGUUUCUGGCAUUUUGUACUUUGGGUACAUGUUGAUUGCAUCGUAUGCCUUCUUUGUGCUGACGGGAACCAUCGGGUUCUACGCUUGCUUCUGGUUCGUUCGCAAGAUCUAUUCAUCCGUGAAGAUUGAUUGAUACAGCGAAGAUUCAUACAAUUUCCUAGUAGUUUCAUGUUAGAGAGCAUCAAAAGGUCGAAGAACAGAUGAGUUGUGAAGAGCAGUCAGAUGAGGUACCACUUUUUUCCGGAGGGUAAGAGCUCAAAACUAUGUAAGAUCUUCUGCACCCUCAAAAGUCUUGCUUAUUUCGGUAUGGAAAGCAUAAACUAUAUGUUGCAUGUUUUAAUUUUUGCCCCCAUCAGUGGGCUUAAGAUGAUAAUGAUGACGAUGAUAGAAAGAUUGAUAUUGUAGAUGUAUGAAACUAAACUUCACUUCACUUGGUGAUGCAAUUGUAGCUUAAUGGAUUUUUGUUCCUCCA